UGGAGGGAAGACAUCCUCCGAUUGGUGAAACCUCAAAAUUGGCAUGGCUUGAGCCUCGAAAACGCCUCAAGUUCUUCUAAAAUAAUAUAAUGAGCCUUGCAGUCAAGGACCUUUGGGGAAAAAGAGUCCUGAAAAUAGGAAGUGAGGAGAUGCGUGCAUUCUGGGAGUUGUAGUUCUGGAGGGUUCAUCUCUGCACAGGCGCACUUGCUAGCCCGUCGUUUUGCUGGUCCCAAGGACAUUUUCCCUCCUGGCUGAGUACCGCUGUCAGUCUGGGUCCGAGACCCAGGCCAUGUACGUACACCUCGGAGAGUCAGACCUCAGGACUUCCCACGGAUCCCCAAUCUGGUCAGGUUGACGUUUAAGAAAGGGCCAGAAGCGGGCUGGGGAAAGGACAGCCGCUAGUCCGAGAAUGGGGAGCUCUCAGGCAGGGUGGCCGUUAUCCUGGGUAGGGCAGUAGUUAUCUCGGGAGGGAGAGCAGUGAGACUGGGCAGGGUGACUGUUAGCCCGGGUAGGGGGAGUUAAGCUCUAGGAUGGGUCACCAGGUAUUCCAAGAAGGGCACCAGUUGUUCUAGGCAGAGCAGCAGUUAUCCGGGAGCUCGGCUAGCGGGAAGGCCUUCAAUUAUCCCGUGUAGGGAAGCUAGGUUCCCGGACAGGGGAGCAGUUAUCCCGGGUACAUGGAGCUUGGAUGGAAGUCAGGCAUCAGUUAUCCCGGGUAGAGGGAGCUGACCUUCUAGGCAUGGAAGCGUUUUUCUCUGAUGGUAGUAGAAGGCUCAUGGGGCAGCAAUUAGUGCUGAACUUGAUGGGUUGACUGGAGAGGAUGAAUUGGAGGCUCCCCUUCUUCCCCCCACCCCCAUAUGGGGCAGGUGUCAAACUGGUUCCACUCUUACUUAAACCUCCGUACUACUUCUCUCCAAAUGACUAGAAUGUAGGACUCUUUUCAAGGACUAAGAAUUGUUAAGGGGUUGGGGAGCAUCCCCUGGCAGGCAGCCAGUGUAAUAGAAAAAGCAUUAGAUUUAGGAUUCAGUAUAUUAGGGUUUGGGCUCAGAGCUCACAGGGUUUCAGUUCCUCAUUUAUAAAAUGAAGGGUUUAAUGUAGAUGAUCUCUCUAAUCCUUAACUAUACUUAGUGCUUAUGUUGUUCGUUCAUUCCAAGGACCCUUAAUGUAUGUGAAUCUGUGACCAUCUAUUGGACUUGAGUAGAAAAGGUGGUUUGACUUGGUCAAGAAUUGUUGGACAUUUGUGGUAUGCUGUAAGUGUGUAAUUUUUUUCAUGUUUGUUAAGGAGCUUAGAGACUUGAAAGUUAAACAUGAAAGUGUGUGUGUGUGUGUGUGUGUGUGUGUGUGUGUGUGUGUGUAUGUGUGUUCUCUUUUAAUUCUUCUUUCUACUGAAGUUUUCCUCUUACCACAGGAUGGACAUACUCUGAGGUAUUGAAAGACUUAACUGCUGCAUUCAAGUUGUAACCAGGUCUCCCAGGUGUUGCAUAAUGGACUUUGGAGUCAGAAAGUCUUGGUUAAGACCUAGCUCAAACAUAUACUAGCCAUGUGGUCAUGGUCAUUAGUCAGUCUCUCUAAGUCUUAGUGACUCAUCUGUGAAAUGAAGAUAUUUGUACUACCAACAUCAUAUAGUUAUUUUGAGGAAAAUACUAUGAAUACAUGAUAUCUUUCCAUCCAUAUUGCUGCUACCUACUAACCUCCAGGUAACUUUCAAUUUUCUUAAUGUAGCACAUCUUCAUAAUUUUUAUCCCUAUUCUUUGGCAUCCUGGAGGUCUUCAUAUCUAUAUAGAAGGCUACUCUUACAAUAUAACUUCUCAAUUCCUAAAUCUUUUUAACUCAAAAAUAUAUUUCUCAUUUCAUCUUCAUAUUAGAACCAUUAACAAUUAGAUUUCAUUAUCAUAUCCAAAAUUGGGAAUUUGAAUAUGUCAUUCUCCUUCCCAAACUGUUUAUCCAUUUUCUACCUUUAUUACUCUAUGACUCAUGAUAAACCUAUUCUUUACCUUUAUUAUGACUUUCAGUUCCUUGGCCCAUCUCUGUUCUCUCAGUCUAUCUUUUCCAGUCUGGCUUCAUUUGUCUCCAUAUUCUAAAUCAAUAAUUCCAGCUCACUAAUUCCAUUAUUGAAAAACUUUCCUUUUACCUUGCUAUUCUCAAGCACAGAAUCCUAGAAGGGGUAAUAUUGUAUUUGUUGUCUCCAUUUACUUCUCAACCCUUUUUAAUUUUGCUUUUGAUACCAUCACUCUACUAAAAUUUCCCUUUCUAAGGUUUGUAGUGGCACCUUAAUUGCUAAAUUCAGUGGUUUAUCUCCCUUCAGGGUUUCUUUGGUCUCCUUGCAGUUUUAUAUGUCUUUGUCCAACUUCUCAUUUUUAUUAUAUCCUUCCUUGAGUUCUUUAAUGACUUAUUUCAUAUUUUAUUUCACAUAAUCUCUGUUCCAACCAUACUUGGCAUUUUAUCUCUAUUCUCCAUUCAAUUCAGCCUAUCUCCUAUGUUUGGAAUGCCUUUGCUUCUGAGAAUUUCUAAGGUGCCAAGUCCUUCAGAAGAUCUUUAGUGAUUCUCACAUCCACACAUCCAUCUUCCCAUAUUAAAGCUCCAGAAAUUUGUACUUAUCUCUGUAUGUUUUAAUUGCCUUAAGAGAAUGUAAAUCCCCUGAGGCAGCAACUUUUGUUUUUGUAUUCUUAGUGCCUUGCCCAAAUUCCUUGCACAUAGUAGAAAUAAAUAAUGAUGAUGAGAAUGAUGAUGAUAGUAUUUUUAUAGUGGUUUAAAGUUUACACAAUGCUUUACAAAUAUUAUUUCAUUUGAUCUUCACAACAACCCUGAGAGGUAAGUGCUGUUGUUAUCCUUAGAUAAUGAGUAGAUGAUUAGAUUAGAUAAGAUGAUUCUCAGAUCUUGUUACCUGAUUCCAGUUUCUCCUCUGAGCUUCAUUCCCACAUCACCAACUAUUAACUGGACAUUUCAAUCUGAAUUUCCCAGAGCAUUUCAAAUUCAUCUUCAAAACAGAACUCAUUAUUUUUCCCUCAAAACCCAUUUCUCCUUCAAACUAUCCUUUUUUUCUGCCAUAAAGACCAUCAUCCAGUCUUCCAAGUUUGUAGCAUUAACAUUAUCUUCCACUCUUCACAUAGCCAGUCAUCACUUGCUAAAUCUUAACAUCUCAACCUCUACAAUAUCUUUUUUAUAUAUAGGCUUUUUCUCUUUUCACAUAGCUACUAUCUUGAAGGUCUUAAUAUCUUUUGUUUAGGUUAUUGCAACAGCUGCUUAGUCUCCCUUAAGUCUUUCCUCACUCCAGCCCAUUUUCCACACUACAUCUAAAAUGAUUUUUCGUAAGGACAUAUAUUAACCAUGUCACUCUUCUACUCACUGAUAAAUUAAUGAAAUAGAAUAGUAUUAUUAAUUGAUUACUAUGUAACAGUCACUGCUUUAAGUUCUAAAUAUGCAAAUAGCUUUUGAAGUUCUGGACAACUUGGCUACAGUUUACCAUUCCAACCACAUUGUAUAUUAUUUCCUUUCCCACACUUUGAAAUCUAUUCAAAUUGGCUUUCUCUUUGCUCCUUAUAUACCACUUUCUACCUGUUAUCUUUUUUCUUUUGUAAUGAUCAAACCUUAUGUUUAGGAUGUAUUCACACAGAAGUCCUACCUUAUUUUAGCAUGAAGCCAUUUCUGUACCCUUGUACCUACUAAUGCUGUUUCUGCCAGCCUCCAAACUACAUUCCAUGUAACUACUAUGUAUUUAUUUUUAAUUGCUCUCUUUAUAGUCUGUAUAAAUUUUAACACAUGUUUUUGUCUUCUUUUUUAGAAUAUAAAAUCCAUGAGAGUAAAAAUUGUUUUAUGCUGUAUUCUAGUCCCUAGAAGGUACUUAAAAAUGCUUGUGGACUAUUUGAUUCUAAGGAUGCUUCUGUCAUAAAAAAUAAAGUAUUUGUGAUGACAGCAAAUUUAAUAUUUGAAAUUCUCCUGUGAUUGGUUAUUUGGAUUGUUUUAAUUUCCAUACAAAUAAAUAGUUCCAUCAAUGUCUUUGCUCAAUGUUUUAUUGUAUUAAAGUGGUAUUUAAAAAUUAUUCUAAACUUAGUAAUAAUUGGUAAAAAGAAAAAAUCAUUAUACAAAGAAGAAAAAACGAUGUAUCAUGAAGCUAUGUAGUAUUUUUAGUGUGUGUAUAUUUAUAUUUAGAGAGACAGAGAUGAAGAGAGAAACAGAGACUUUUAACAAAAAAAUGACCUCUUAGUUUCCAUAUUUUUUUGCUUUAUAAUUAUUUACGUAAUUGUAGUCACUGUGUAUAUUAUUGCUGUCCUGCUAUCUUUAUCCUAUCUGCCUUCAUAUAGCUUUCUAAUUUUAUUUACAUUCUUUAUAUUCAUAUUAUUUCCUCUGAUAAUUCCAUUAUGUCCGCAGUAUAUUUUAGUCAUUCUUUAAUUGUUGGACAUAUAUGUAUUUCCAGUUCUUUGUCAGCUCAGAUAUCUUGACACUGGAAAUGAUAGAACUAAAAAAAAUAAUAAUAACCGAUGGGAAGUUCAUACUGAGCCUAAGAAGAAUAUAAGACUUAGCUAUGCUUAAUGAAUUUAAGUUACCCUGCCCCAACCUCUCCCCUACUCCAGCUGUAUCAUCAAAUCCUGAAAGAACUGUUAAAAGUGAUUGCUGAGCUCACCUCAGUGAUAUCUGAAAGAUCAUAGGUAACUGGAGAGGUAUCACAACACUGAAGAAAAUCAAUGGUUGUUCCAACUAGUGGGAAGGGAACCAAAUAAACAAACUAUAGACCAAUGACCUUUACUUCAAUCCGGGAGAAAAUUCUAGAAUGAAUCAUUAAAGGGAUGGUUGGCAAAUAUCCAGAAGGGAAGUGGUGAAUGCAAAAGGGCCUGUGUGGCUUGUUCAAGAUAACAAGAUAAAAAGUCUGGGAAAAACUUCUGAGCAAAUUGACUUUAAUAUAAACGUAUGCAAAUCCCAUGAAGUCAGUGAUCUACAGACAUACUCAGAAAGUCUGAGAUCAUGAUCAGUAUUUUUAAUAGAUCUUUGCAGAUAAAUAACAAAAGGGAAAAACAGGCAAGCCUUCUCUCUUGGUAAAGAGGAUUUGGCCUUAGGUCUAGGUUUGUAGUUAGGUGUGGCCUAUAUUAGAGAACCUGUAUCAAAACAACUAAUUUACUAGGACCUUCCACUGAUUACACCACUAUUUUGCAACAGGCUCUUGCCUCAGAUGGGCUGAUUACAAGCACAUUAAGCUCUUAGGGAGAACAAUGCAGGAUUCCUUUAUCGUACAGGUAAACAAAGUUAAGAUGAGUCUUCCUAUAAUGAUCUGCUUUCUUUAAUCCUAUGAUUACUCAUUAUUAAUACUUUUGUUCAGUUAUUCAAUCAGCUCUGUAAAAUAGCUGAUUAUAUGUAUAAUCACUACUAACAGUUAUAGCUUAACAUAUUAAUUAAACUAAUAUGAAUGAUUAUAAGCUAAUUAAUAACAAUUACCUUUUCACAAUAUACCUUCAUUUUUGACAGGAUUACUAAAUUAGUAACUGAGGGAAAAUGAUACGAUUAUAGUAUAUCUAAAUUUUAGAAAGUUUCCAAUAAAAUAUCUUACAUUUAUUCACUUGGAAAGGAUGGAGUUAAUUGAUAAUUGAUAAUCAUGAUAUUAAAAGACUCCCACAUACACUAAAUUAUCUAUAGCAAUACUUUUUGUAGUAAUAAAGAACUGGAAACAGUAAGUAUCCAUCGAUUGGGGGAAAGACCAAACAAAUUGUAAUACAUGAAUGUAAUAGAAUAUUAUAUGUUAAGUAUAGCAAAGUAUGGAAAGAUUUAUAUGAAAUGACACAGAGAAAAGUAAGUUCCAGAAAAACAAAGUAAACAUUGACCACAAAAAUAUAAAUAGAAACCAAAAAAUUGGAAAUGAAUGUUGGAGAAUUACAAGGAAUAUGUAUGACUCUCAAAUCAAGUCAAGCCAAACCAAUUUAAGUGUCUGAUAUGUGUCAAGCCCUGUGUUAAGCACAGGGAAUACAAAUAAGACCAAAAGAGCGCUUAAGGAACUCAUAGUCAAUGGAGGAGACAGCAUGCAAACAAGAUAUAUACAGGAUAAAGUAGUCUCAGAAGGAGGGCACCAAAAUUAAGGAGAACUAUAAAUGUUUCUUGAAGAAGGUGAAGUGGACUCAUUCUGGGUGCGUCAGCUAGAAUAGGCAGAAAGUUCCCAACCACACUUCUUUCCUCUCUUCUUUCAAGUCAUGUUUGUGUUCAAAACCCAUAGCAAUCCUCGAUUGUGUAUGUAAUGUAACCCAUGGAAACUCUUGUGUAUAUAUCAGGUAACCUGUGGAACCCCGCCUCCCUCCUCCCCGCUUGCCAAAAGUACCCGCAGCUUGGCUAGAGGUGUGUAAGAGGCCGAUUGGGUUUUGAGGGGUGUUCACAAUUAUGCAAGAGGGCCGGGAUUGGAUUUAGGGACGUGAUUAGGAGCACGGAGGAGGAGAGGAUUAGUUCAUUGGUUGUCAGAUUGUGAGCCCCUCCAGUGCGGGAGGAAACCCCGCCUCCCUUGAAACUAUGCAUUAAGCUCCGCGGGUGUCUCGCAAAUGAGUUACAUCUCUGUUGUACGCCCUCUGCCGGGAAGAGUAAUAAAAUGGCUUGCUGCUUUGUGAUCUGAGUCUCGAUUUGUUAGUUGAGUCUGUGGGCUCACGUCCCUCGCAAAGGUGAGAUUUUAGCCGAGAUUUAAAGCAAGCCAGACAAACCAGGAAACAGAGAUAAGAAAGCCAACAUAAGGGAGGCAUAGAGGACAGACGGUGAAAAUACAUGGAAUUAGGGGGUACUGAAUGUCUCCUACUAGAUCACAGAGUAUGUGAAGAAUGGAAAGUUAGGAAGGUGCCAGGUUAUGAAGAGAUUUAAAAGCCACACAAUAUUGUAAAUUUUAUCAUGGAGGCAGCAAAGAAUGACUGGAAUUUUUAAAAUAAAAUAUUGAAUGAUAGGCUCAGACCUGCCCUUGGGGAAUGUCUUUUGGACUUCUGAGGUGGAGAUCCGAAGCCGGAAGACCAAUCUCCAGGAUACUCUGAUAGUGCAGGCUUGAGGUGAUGUAGGCAUAUCCCAGAGUGGUUGCAGCAUCAGAGGAAGGAAGAGGGCAUAUAUAAGAGAUGUUAUAGAAAUUCAUAUAGGUCAAAUGUUGCAUAUAUUUUCUAUUAUUUUUCAAUAUAAAGGUUAGUUUUUUUAAGUAAUAACUUUUUUUUAUUUUUUCCAGAUUACAUGUCAAUACAAUUUUUAAAUAUUUACUUUCUGACAUUUUGCAAUCCAUUCUCUCUUUCCUCCCAUUCCCUAAGAAGGCAGGCAAUAUGAUAUAGGUUGAACAUACAUUAUCAUACAUUAUGUAUUUCCAUGUUCAUCAUAUUAUGAAGAAGACACACAUUGCCUACACUAGAGAAAAGUUCAUGAAAGAAAUAAAGAAUGGUAUAUUUCAGUUUGUACCCAGACUUUAUCUCUUCCUUCUAUGGCGGUGGAUAUCCUUGUGUUGUUGGGUUUUUUGGUUUGUUUUAUUUUUGUCAUGAGUCCCUUGGAAUUGUCCUGGAUCUUUUCAUUACUGAUAAUAGUUAAAACAUUCACAGUUGAUUAUCAUACUUUAUUGCUUCUAAUAUGUACAAUGUUCUUCUGGUUCUCCUCACUUCACUUUGUAUCUCUUCAUAUAUGUCUUUCUAGUUUUUUUAUGUGCCCGAUCAUCCUGUUUGUCGUUUCUUUUGGCACAAUAGCACUCCAUCAUAAGCAUGUACGACAGCUUGUUCAGUCGUUCCCCGAUUUAUAAACAUCCCUUCAAUUUUUAGUGUUUUGCCAACACAAAAAGAUGGUAUAAAUAGUUUUGUACAGGUAGGUUCUUUCCCCCCAUCUUUAAUUUCUUCAGGAUACAGAACUAGCAGUUGUAUUGCUCAAAGGGUUUGCACAGUUUUAUGGUUCUUUGGGUAUGGUUCCAAAUUGCUCUCCAGAACUGUUUAUCAGUUCAUAGUUUCACUAGCAGAAUAUAAGUGUCCUGAUUUUUCCAUAUCCCCUCCAACAUUCAUCAUUUUCCUUUUUUUGUCUUAUUAGCCAGUUUGAUGGGUAUAUGUUUAUAGCUCCUUCAGGGAUGUUUCAAAUUGUAUUUCUAUAAUCAGUAGUGAUUUGGAGUAUUUCUUAUGACUAAAGAUAGUUUUAAUUUCUUCAUCUGAAAAUUGCCUUUUCAUAUUCUUUGACCAUUUGUCAACUGGAAAAUACUUUGUAUUCUCAUAAAGUUGACUCAAUUCUCUGUAUAUUUGAGAAAUGAAGCCUUUGUCAGAAAGAUUUGCUUUAAAGUCUCCCCCCCCCCCCAGUUUGUUGUUUCUAUAUCUAACUGAAUAUGGAUAUUAUUCCCACUUUGUACCAAUUCCUUUGAAAGUAGGGUUUAAACAUUGUUUGCUACCUCCAUCACCUACAAUCUUCCUUUCCCCUGUAUUGAUUCUUAUGUGCCUCCUCAGGUGAAGUAAUUUAUCCUUAAUUUUCCCUUCUUUUCUCUAUUUCCAGUGUAUUCCUUUCUUAUCUCUUGAUUUUAUACUUAAGUAUCUUCAGUACCUUAAGUAUCCUCAGUACAUUAGGUAUCUUAGGUACUUCUAGUAUCAUAGAUAUCUUAAGCAUCUUAGUUAUCACCUUCUUAAUAGUAAUGUAAUAAGUCUAACCCCAUUGAUUUCCUUGAUUUUUUUUCUGUUUACCUUUUUAUGCUUCUUCUGAGUGUUGAAUUUGAUCAGCAAAUUUUAUUUUUAGCUCUAGUCAUUUUAUCAAGAAUUCCUCUAUUUUAUUAAAUGUCCAUUUCUCCCCUGGAGUAUUAUGCUUAGUUUUAAUGAGUAGAGGUCUAGACCCAUGGUGGUGAAUCUAUGCCAUUCAUAUCAGAAGGGGCACUUAGAACCCUCUCUGUGGGCACACAUACUGCCACCCCAGCACAGAGUUCACCAGAGUUCCUUACUAGAAAACCAGAGGGCUGAGGGCCAUGGGGAUUCCCCUUCCCCUUUCUGUAGGCACCUUAGGACAUUUCUCACAUCACCCACCUCUCUAAAAGGUUGACCAUCACUAGUCUAGAUACUUUGUCUUAAGGAAUAUUGUAAUCAAUGACCUUUGAUCUUUUAAUAUGGAAGCUUGUAGGUCCUGUGUAAUCUUGAUUGUAGUUUUUUUAAUUAAAAAGGUUAUGCCAUAAAAAAAUUAGAACAGUACUAGUCAGUUAUACUUCCUAGCUAUGGUGAAGCGAUAAAUUUUUAAGAAUAAAUUUGUCAUCAUAUUUUUGCUUUUACAUUGCUUAUAUUUCCCAGUAUAUCCUCCUCCCUCUGCAAAAUCAUCCUUUAUAACAAAAAAAUUUUAUAAUAAGCAAAUAGGAAUUUUUAUUCUUUCUACCUUUGUUAAUGUCUUUAAUUUUUCUUCAUCUUAAUGCAUGUACUAGCUUUUCUAGAACAUAUAGCAUUGAGGAGAUACAAUAUUCUUGCUUUAAUCCUAUAUUUAGUGAGAACGUUUCUAAUAUUUUCUCAUUAUAUAUAAUGUUAGCUUUUAGUAUUAGAUAACAUACCUUUUUAAAAAAAAUUCAAAAAUUUCCCCAAACCUUUCUGGAAAGUUUAUGUCAAAGCAAAAUCCAAGAUUUUUCUUAGUAUUGAAGGUGACAUUAAGUACUGAGUAAAUCUCUUUUGAAAUUCCCAAGUAUGUAUGUGCAGUAUUAUAUCUAAGUGGGUGUCUGUGAUAGCUCCUAGAGUUUUCUUCAUGCUUUUUAAUAACAGGAUCUUGCUCUUGCUAGAGGCUUCUCUUGUGAGCUAUAUGUGUGUAUAUCAUCUUGACAGUGUAUAUAUUGAUUCUGAGUUCAGACUGUGAAACUAAGACUUCUGUGUCUCUCUUGCUGACUUUAAUUUCUCUAUCCACAGUGCUUCUUAGAAGAAUGUGUGGAUGUGCAUGAGCCUUAAUGAAAGAAUCUACUGCUUGCUCCAUUGAGAAUGCAGACUUGAAGUUGAUGAGGACCACCUCAAAUUCUGAUCUUCAAACAAAGUUAUUCACUCUUUCAUGAUGUCUCAAAUCUUGAAUCCACAUGAAGAUGACUUACUCCUCAGAGUUGAUAUAACUAGGGGGCAAGAUAUGAUUAGAGAAAAAUCAGAUCUUGAAGUUGCUCGCCAGAGUUUUAGGUGGUAUCAAUACCCAGAAGUGGCUGGGCCUCAAGAAGUCUUCAUACAACUCUGGGAACUUUGUUGUAAAUGGCUAAGACCAGAAAUUCACACAAAGGAACAAAUUCUAGAGAUGUUAGUGCUAGAGCAAUUUCUAACCAUCCUUCCUGGAGAUAUCAGGAUUUGGGUAAAAUCCCAACAUCCCACAAAUAGCAAAGAAGUAGUGAGCCUAGUUGAAGACUUGACUCAAACAACUGAGGAGAGAGCUGUUAAUUAUCAGGAUUCCAGCCUACUCCAAGAGGAGAAAAAAGAAGAAGAAAUGGUUCCGGAAUUCCUGACUUCUAGAUCCCAGGAAUUAGUGACAUUCAAGGAUGUGGCUGUAGACUUUACUCAAGAAGAAUGGAAAAAAUUGGAUUCAACCCAGAGGAAUCUAUAUUGGGCUGUGAUGCUGGAAAACUACAUGAACAUGGUUUAUCUAGGGUUUCCAGUUUCCAAGCUAGAGGUCAUUUCCCAUAUGGAUCAAGGGGAAGAAUCAUGGAUAUUAGAGAAAGAAAUAUCAAAAGCUACCUGUCCAGAUUGGGAGAUCGAUCCUGAAAGCAAAGAAUCAUUUUCAAAAUGGGACUUUUCAAAUGAAGAACUGUUCCUAGGAAGAUUUAAAAUGGAUGAUCCUAGGAAUUUCCGAGGACAAGACUGGGAAUGUAAUGCUAAAUUAGAGAAGCAAAAGGGUGAUCAGGAGAAACAUUCUGGGCAAAGAGGUACCCACACAAAAACUCCUGAUAUGUUUAGAGACCAUAGUUUUAAUACAUUUCAGGAAAACUUCAGUCUAGGGUCAGUUUUUGCUACCCAAGAAACAGGUUUGUUGGGAAAGAAGUUCCAUAAAUAUGAAACACAUCAAAUGAUCUUCAAUGAAUAUUCAGACAUUCUGAAAUGUAGACAAAUCACUUCAGGGAAGACACUUCAAAAUAAUGAUUCUGAGGAAGUCUUCUACCAAACCUCAAAUUUUAUUCAAUAUAAUAGCAUAGAGACUGGUAAAAAAACAUACAAACAUAAUGAGUGUGGGAAGGCCUUUAACCAAAACACGUACUUUACUCAACAUCAGAGAAAUCAGACUGGUGAGAAACUCUAUAAAUGUAAUGAAUGUGGGAAAGCCUUUGGUAGAAGCACUUUGCUUAUUCAACAUCAGAGUAUUCAUACGGGAGAGAAACACUAUAAGUGUAAUGAAUGUGGUAAAGCCUUUACUCAGAGAACACACUUGGUUCAGCAUCAGCGAAUCCACACUGGAGAGAAACCAUAUGAAUGUAACGACUGUGGAAAGACCUUCAGGUAUAGAUCAAAUCUUACUCAGCAUCAGAGAAUCCAUACUGGGAUGAAACCCUACAAAUGUAAUGAAUGCGGGAAAGCUUUCAGGGAGAGUUCAUCUCUAAUUCGACAUCAGAUCAUCCAUACUGGAGAAAAAACAUAUGAAUGCAAUAAAUGUGGGAAAACCUUUAUCCACAGCUCAUCUCUUAGCCAACAUCAGAGGAUCCACACUGGAGAGAAACCUUUUGAGUGUAAUGAAUGUGGGAAAGCCUUCAGUAGUAGCUCAUCCUUUAUUAAACAUAAGAGAAUUCAUACUGGAGAGAAACGCUAUAAAUGUAGUGAAUGUGGGAAAGCUUUCAGUCAGAGCACACAUGCUAUUCAACAUCAAAGAAUCCACACUAGAAAGAAACCUUUUGAGUAUAAUGAAUAUGGAAUUGCUUUCAGUAACAGUUCAUCUUUUAUUAAAAAUCAGAGAAUUAAUAUUGGAGAGAAACGAUAUAAAUGUGGUGAAUGUGGAAAAUCCUUCAGCCAGCGCACACAUGCUAUUCAACAUCAAAGAAUCCACACCGGAGAGAAACCUUUUGAGUGUAAUGAUUGUGGGAAAGCCUUCAGUAAUAGCUCAUCUUUUAUUAAACAUCAGAGAAUUCAUACUGGAGAGAAACGAUAUAAAUGUAGUGAAUGUGGAAAAGCUUUUACCCAAAGCACACACGCUAUUCGGCAUCAAAGAAUACACACUAGAAACAAACCAUUUGAGUGCCAUGAAUGUGGCAAAACCUUUAGCCAGAGAACUCACCUCAUUCAGCAUCAGAGAAUCCACACUGGGGAGAGACCCUAUGAAUGUAAUGAUUGUGGAAAAACCUUUAGGCACCGCUCAUCCCUUACACAGCACCAGAGAAUCCAUACUGGAGAAAAACCCUAUGAAUGUAAUAUAUGUAGGAGAACCUUCAGAUCCAGAUCAUCACUUACUAAACAUCAAAGAAUUCAUACUGAAGAGAAGUUAAGUGAAUGAAAUGCAUAUAAGAAAGGCUUCAAUAAUAGUUCAUAAUUUAUGAAUAUCAAAGAAUCUUUAAAAAUGAAAUUCUCUAAAUGUUUGCUGGUAAGUUUACUUCCAACAUAUAUUGUUAAAAAGGUACUUAAUGAUCCAUGAUUUUACUAGUAUAGAUACUCUGUUUCACUCCCUCACAACUCUUUUUCAUUUUAGUAGUUUGGCUCUAGGCUUUGUCAUGUUUCAAGGUCUGGCAGAGCAAAUUUCUAUUUCAUCUAAGAGUUAAUUUAUCCACAGAUUAUCUCUCUCUCUUUUUUUUUUUUUUGCUAAUUUGUUUUUUCAUAUAAAUUCCACUGUUAUUUUGUUUAGUCCUAGAAAAAGAACCAUUUGUAAAUAGAAGUUAUUAAAGUUGUGGACUAGGUUUGUUUAUAAAUAAGUAAUUGAUUAAAUAGUGAAAUAUGUACAUUUUACUAUAUAUUUAUUCAUUUCAUCCAUAUGCUAAAUAGUUUACUUCAAUUGUAAUUCUGUCUUAAUUAUUUUGUAUGAUUAUUUUAAAAUGUUUAAUAUGAGUCAUUAAGUUAAUAACCCAAUAUUUUAUUUUCCUUAUAGAUGACAUUUAUGUAUUAUUAGUUCAUUAUUUUUUGUUAACACAUAAGAGAACAUGAAUGACUUUGCUACCUCUAUCAUAUAUCCUGCUUCCUUCUGAGAGAUCUUUAUUUCAGUUUUUUGUUAAUUUCUCUUAAUUCUUGGAUUUUCUAUUUACACAAUAUUUCAUCUGUAUGGAAAGAUGUUUUGGACUCUUCAUUAUUAUCCCUUUAAAUUUAUUUUUGUUAUUGUGAUUUCAAGCAUCUUGGAAAAUAGAAUUGUUGAAAUUGGAGAUGUGUGGCUUUUAAUUUAUUUUACUGGGAACAUUUCUAGUAUUUCUCUAUUGCAUAUAAUAUUAUCUUUUGGUUUCAAAUAAAUGUCAUUUAUCAUGUUAAUGAAAA